GGCAACACUCAUUAUUUGUUUACAUGGUGUGUCAGGGAAAUGUUUGAUAACAAGAGAUAGGGGAGCACCAGUUAGAAAUGUCCAAUGUACUGGAGAAGACAUUUACUGGUCUUGUGCACAGCCUCUUGGGAACAAGUGGUGCCAACAACUCAAUCACUCAGAGUGUGUCUGGAGUGUCUGGUCUGAAGAAUGUAUCACUUGGCUUGGUACACUUCGUUGAAAAGCUUCAGGCUGCACGUAGGAUAUCCAAACAGGAAGAAGAGCACUGUGUGGAGCAUGAAAGCAGAGAAUGGGUGAAGCUGUUGUCCAGUCCUGGUGCUGGUAGUGCAGUAGUAGCUGAUCUGUUGUGUCGUGCACUCCUCGUUAAUGUGCGUGGCUACACUCUCCCAAGCCUUCACAUACAUGCUAUCAAAUUAACCCAGAGUCCUAAUAUCCUACACAAAAAAAUUGGAUAUCUGUUUGUGAGUCAGACUCUUGAUCCUGGGUCUGAACUUACGUUACUUCUAGUCAACACUAUCCAUCGAGACCUAGCCUCUCCCAAUGCUCUUCAAGUUGCUGCAUCACUGGCCUCGCUUCCCACUGUUGUCACGCCUGACCUCACUCCAUCCAUCAUCACAGCUCUCACACACUGCCUUGCACACCAACAGGUAUAUAUAAGACGAAGGGCUGCAAUAAUGGUUGGCGUGGUGACAACAAAAUGUGGAAAAGAUCUUCAGGAGACUGCCAAUAAUCAGGUCCCUCACCUACUUCACCUGUUGACAGAUCAAGAUCCAGGAGUAGCUUUAGCUGCCAUUAACUCCCUUUGCAAAAUUUAUAAGGCAUGUGGUCAUGAAAAGCCGGAGUUACGUGACCAAGUUGCAAAGAGUGCAUCGCACCUCUUGACACAAGCACUGAAUGGUUCCCUUCCCAGAGACUACCAAGUUAAUUCUUUACCUGCACCAUUUGUUCAGAUUCAGAUGCUUAGAGUUAUUCAGUGUUUGUCAACUAAAGACUGGCAAAUUCCAAAUGAUGUCAUUGAAGCAAUCGAACUAGUGUUAAGUCAGCCAUGGGGGGGCAAGUCUGUUUGUCUUUAUGCAGUGCUGUUGGAGUGUGUGUUUACAGUCACGUCUCUUCCACACAAGGAUAACUUGAUAUCUAGUAUUCUUAAGGUGGUUUUAGGAUUUCUCAAGAGCUCAAAUGUGAACCUCAAAUAUGUGGGUUUAAAGGCUCUUGCGAGUGUGUUCUCAGUGCUAGAGGAAGCACUCACGUCUAGUCAUCUGGAAGCUGUCCUUGACUGUCUGUAUCAUUCUGAUCCAAACCUUCAAGCCAAAACACUAAAGCUACUGUGUGCUAUGGCAAAUGUACAUAAUUACCAGGCUGUGUGUACCACAUUAUUGGAGUUUUCAGGCCGGACAAAGGACAUGACCACACACAAAGCAAUUAUGGGUGAAUUGGCAGCCAUCAUAACUAAACAUUGCCAGGAUAUACAAUGGUGCAUAGAGCUCAUCUCGCCACUCAUUUUAUCCUCACCAACGCCUGACAAGAGGCUUGUAAAUGCACUUGUAUUUGUCCUGGAACAAGGAUUUAAAGAAGAGAAAAAUGUUAAAACCUCUACUGAAGCUUCCCAGGAAUUACUUCUGAAAAUAUUCAGCCAUACCACUCUCUCUGAAGCUUACAUCAACCUCAUAGCUUCUGUUCUCAACUUACAUUAUCUCAGAGAUCCUAAACAAGUAUCUAAGUAUUUUACAGAUUCUUUUCUAGAAAAGCUUAAAGUCAUGAGAAACUUGAAGGAAAAUGACUCGGCUAUUUUUCAGUGCCUUAAAAAUAUUGGACUUAAUGAUGAAACUGUCUGUGCAGAUAUUGUAUCAUUUUUACAGCUUUAUACAGUCAGAGAAAAUGUAGAUCAAGCCUUGAGAGAAAAAUCAAAUGAAAUUUGCAAGUGGCUCAGCAAUCCUCAGCUCAGUAUGAGAGUCAUUAAAAGACAGGAGGACAUUUUGAACCAUAGAGUUACUGUAGAUUUGACAUUAAGCUUUCUUGAUGAAUAUGUAGUCGAAUCUCUUGAAAAUGGUGCUGUGCCAUUUAAGCCAUUCAGUGUAGUCAUGGGAAAUACAAACCUGGAGGAGAAAAUGGGUGAUGUCCACGAGCCACAGUGGAAUGCCAGCCUUAGCAUGGAAUCUGAGGAUGGUCAGUCCUCAUCACAGUCUAAUGGAACUGGACUUACUAGUGGCACAAGUCAAAGUGGAAACCCUGUGAACAAGAGUAUGAUUGCACCUGGCAAACGAGUAUGGAGCACUGAAGGUCGCAUGCGUCAACGUUCUGAAGGGGAAGAAUCUGUUAGGUCACGUGUUGACACUGCCUCACAACCAGUGGGUUUGCAAGGAACUCUUCUUGGGAAUGAAGAGGAGGAGGAGGAGGAUGAAGUCACAGAGGGAAGUGUUGAACUUGCAGAUGAAGCUCAAGAAGAUGAUAAGGAGAAAGAAUUAGACACUUCUAUCCUUCAAAGAUCACAGCUAACACAAGCACUCUUGGCAGGACUUGGAAUGACCAGAAACAAGUAAAACUAAUACUGUAAGAGGGGAAAAACAAAACAUUGUGUGGCUGACUAAAAGUUAUUAUAAUAAUAAUACUAAGUGCUAAAUCCAUAAGGGUCAUACAGCACUUUGACUACUAGCAUCUAUGUUUUCCAGCUUCUACAAAAGCCUCUAACAUUGAAAAUUUGGUGAUUUGUAUAAUUUCCUUGUGAUCAUUAGCUAUCAUUAUGAUAGCAUAUUACAUAAUUUAUAACAAAUAGGCCAGUAUGUGACUACCAAUAAAAUUAUAAGGGCUGAGCUAUUUUUCUUAAUGUGCCAAAAAAUUUGAUAUAUGAAUUAUAAAUAGCACCAGCCAUUUUUUAAUUUUAUUAUACAUUUGGAUGAAGAUAACAUGCUACUGUGUGUUUAUUGUGACUCGCUCUCUCAUCAAGAACGGCAUGAACUAAAAUAACUGAGACAAACAAAAGGAUAAAAAUAAAAUGGCAACUGUAGAAUGUAUGAAGAUUCACUGAAACUCUGUGUAUAAUUUAUAAGUUGGUCAGCGAUAUAGUUUUAGAAAAAAAAAAAAAAAGGUGGUAUGGUAUUGCCCAGGACCCCACUACAACCUAGUCUUGAUUUUUUCAGUUGAUUUGCAUAAAUUGAAUAUUUAAGACAAAUUUUUUUUUAAAAAGUACUAAGUUAAUGAUUUAAUCUUUUUUCUUUUCCCCUCUUGCAUAUCUACUUAAAAAAUACUAAACUUUGCAAUACUGCAUGCCUCCCUGUGUCUGGCUGCACUUUGCCAUCACGCAACCUUUACUGAUACCUCAUAAAAGUGUGUGCUUCCUUUCCUCUUAAGUUCACAAUCCACACCGGUAUGUAGCCGGUGUUUAUUGCUGCAAUAUGUGGUCCGUUUCUUUUUCCCUCUCGUCAACAUGUGAUUUCAUGACCUCAACACAUAACUUUCAUCCUUGCAUGAACUGCUGUUUUUGUUGGGCAGUUUCAGUAGUCAUAUUUUAGGUGGUUCUUUUGUGACUUUUUUUGGUUAUGUUGAGUCCUACAUCUUACUACUGUAUCUUAAAUUCCAGUACAGUACACCAUUAUUAUUAUAAUAAAAAAGAAGCACUAAACCACAAGGGCCAUACAGUGCUGCAUACAGCACUCCAACUAAUGUCAACCCUUGGAAUUGUGCAAAUUCUCCUUUGAACCUCUUGCUUUCCUCAUCUUCCAUCACUAUUUAUAUAGUGAAUAGUUGUAGGUGAUUAUUACAGGAUUAAUCAUCUUCCUAUCAUUGUAACUUCUCAUUUAUUUACUCAUCUUCAUAACUGUUUGAACAUGCUAACUUACCUCAUUUUAGACAUUAUGUACUUACUACCCCCCCCCCCCUUUUUUUUCCUUAUCUGACACUCCUAAGGUUAAUUAACACUGCCUUUUGAAUUAUUAUAGUCACAGGGGUCAUUAAGUGCAUGGGUUAUAUUCACAGGGAUCAUACAGUGCAUGGGUUAUUUGAGGUAAUUAGGUUUGAUCCAUGGAAGGGAAAGAUUGCAAGUACUUCAACACCAAGGCACCCUAAUUAAAGGCUGCAGAAUUAUGCCUUAGUUAACUACUGCCUCACUUCUCAAAGGAGGGUUCCUUGACGUUGAGGAUCUCUUGCCUCAAGGAAUUGGACCUGUCCUCCCCUUCCUUGGUUAGAAUGUAAUAAUCAUUACUGCUCAAACUGAUUAGCCAAGCAUUGUGGUCUGAUCAGGUACUAGCUAGUAUCUGUGGAGUAACUAAUUAUAUUCACUGAAGAGCACUGAACUAGUUGGGGUCAUGCAGCACCUGGAGAAUGGGAGGUAAUCGAGUGUGAUCCAAGAAAGGGAAGGAUGGUUCCUAUUCAUUGUAUCUAGUCUAUCAGCCUUCCAGGUACUCCCAUUCAAGGCAAGCCACAUUGCUAGUUAUCCUUCCUGUUUAGGGACACUAUGCUCUCAUGAUUGCAGGUUAGAUAUGGCAGACCCACAUAGUCAUCUGGAGAGGCACUCAGCACUGCCCAGCAAAAUUGGUUUCACCAGAGCUUGUGGAUUUCAUUGUAAAGUUCCUCAGUACCCUGACAAGCUUACACUAUCUACCCUCCUCUUCGAAGUUCCACUCGUAAGGGUCAUAUUCCAUUAAAGUUUGAUCCAAGGAAAAGGAGAGUAACUCCAAGUCAUUGGAUCAAGAACCCUUCAUUGUCAAGACAUACUCCUUGAAGGGAGUAACUAAAUUACUGCACCAUGACUCUUACACACUUGUGCUUGCCCUCUACAAUUCUAACACCAGCACCUUUUUUUGGUGUUGCUGUUAAGUAACACAGAAUUGUAGCAAUCAUUGACCUCUUUUAAGUUUAGGAGUUUGUGAUAAUUAUAUUUUUGAAACAAAUGGAGCUUCAUUUUUAAUAUGAUAACAGUGUAUAUGAGACAUCAGUGAGCAAAACAACUUUAACAUGAAGAUCUCUACCUUUAGUUUCACAUCUUUCACAGUAGUACACUACAGUACUAUCAAUUGCUGUAUAGUAGUCCUGUAGCAGUAGAUUGCAUUUACUACAAAUGGUAAUGAUUAAUGUGUAUAAUUUUGAUUUGCCAAUUAUGAUGUAAAAUAAUUGAAUACAAUAAUAUACAAUUUUUGUAUUUUUUAUAUGUAAAAAUCUCAAAAGGCAAUAAAAGAUUCAUUUCAUAAGAGUAGAAUACAGUAUAUAUAGCGGCAUUUAAAAGCUUUGGAAGACGAAACUAGUUUUGCUUGCUUGCAUCAGGAAUGUGGUUUAAUAAGAGUCCCUAAUACUGAAUCGAACCAGUUUCAAGAUACUAAUAGUGUACUAUGUAGUCUACAUAUAUGAGAAUACUGCAUUGCAAACUGGAAUUAGAAGCAACUUAGGAUUACAUAGGGCAAUCUAAUAACCUCUAACAAUGAGAAAGGCAGUAUAUUAAAGGGUUCCUAAUUAAUGUUUUCUACAUUUUAUUUAAACUUUAAUUUAGCUUAUUAAAAUACUAAUGGCAAAUGUAUUUUAACUUACUUGACAGCAAGAUGAUGUGUGUGUGUGUGUAUACUUCAUGAAAAUAAAAUUAUUGUAG